AAGAAGUCGUCAUCUCGAGCUGUCUUCCGGGUGUUUUGGACUGUUGUAUCAGGAGCGAACGAACGUAGUUUUUCUUUUUCAUGUUAAAGUAAUAAAUUUAGCAAAAUGAAUCGCUUAUUUGGCACCGGAAAACCCAAAGGCCCGCCACCAAACCUCACGGACUGCAUAGGAAAAGUUGAUUCUCGGGCUGAGUCGAUUGAUAAGAAGAUUGCCAGGUUGGAUGCUGAGCUCUCUAAGUACAAGGAUCAGAUGAAGAAGAUGAGAGAAGGGCCCUCGAAAAACAUGGUCAAGCAGAAGGCUAUGAGAGUCCUGAAGCAGAAGAGGAUGUAUGAGGCCCAGAGAGAUAACCUCAUGCAGCAGUCAUUUAACAUGGAGCAAACUAACUACACAAUCCAGAAUCUCAAAGACACCAAAACCACAGUUGAUGCCAUGAAGACCGGCCUGAAAGACAUGAAGAAAGCUUAUAAGGAUGUGAAAAUAAACAAGAUUGAGGACCUUCAGGAUCAGCUGGAAGACAUGAUGGAAGACGCCAAUGAAAUCCAGGAGGUGAUGAGCAGAAGUUACGGCACACCCGAGAUUGAUGAGGAUGAUUUGGAAGCAGAGCUGGAUGCUUUGGGAGACGACCUCCUGAUGGAUGACGAUGCCUCCUACCUGGAUGAGGCCUCCACAGCUCCUUCCAUCCCACAGGACCUGCCUGGUGGCAAGACGACCAGCAGGGAUGGCGUUCUGGUGGAUGAGUUUGGGCUUCCACAGAUUCCUGCUACAUAAACGAGCAGCCGGAAUAUGUCACUUUUAUGUGCAACAAUAGCCGCUUUUCUAUUUAUCUCCCUGCCGCUCCAAGCCUUAAAACAGCAGCUUUGAAAACCAAAGCAGCUUCUGUCUGAACCUGUAGUCUUUAUAACAGAUUAGUCUGCAUAUUUAUCGAGGGUGAAUGUUGGAAUUGGGAUUCUCUUAAUUUGUAUAGUUUCUACAGCAUUCUUUUCCAAGAUCAGAAUAAAAUAUUUUUUCAAAGGAA